AUGGACAGCCCUCAAUCAGAGAGAAGGGUCGAAGGAUGGGCUGCAAGAGAUACUACUGGGAUUCUAUCUCCCUAUUCAUUCACUCUCAGGAAAACAGGUGCUGAGGACGUGGCAUUUAAGGUGCUUUAUUGUGGGGUGGACCACAGUGACCUGCACCAGAUGAGGAGUGAGGUUCAGACAACCAAUUACCCUUUGGUCCCUGGGCACGAGGUUGUAGGGGAAGUAGUAGAAGUGGGGCCAGAGGUGAAAAAAAUCAAAGUGGGAGAUCUGGUGGGCGUCGGGUGCAUCAUAGGGUCUUGUGGGGAAUGCUCCUCUUGCAAAUCCAACCUCGAACAGUACUGCAGCAAUCGCAUCUUUACGUACAACGGCAUCUACAAGGAUGGAAAGCCCACCCAAGGUGGAUACGCCACUGCAAUGGUUGUGCACCAAAAGUUUGUGGUGAGCAUACCCGAGAAGCUGGCACCAGAACAGGCUGCUCCACUACUGUGCGCUGGGGUGACAGCCUACAGCCCAUUGAGACAGUUCUCUGGCCUGAAGGGUCUCAAGGGAGGGAUCUUAGGCCUGGGAGGAGUAGGCCAUCUCGGCGUACUGAUUGCGAAAGCAAUGGGCCAUCACGUGACAGUGAUCAGCUCCUCGGAAAGGAAGAGAGUAGAGGCAUUGGAGCACUUGGGUGCUGACGCUUUUCUCGUGAGCUCAGACCCAGCCCAGAUGGGCCAGGCGAUCGAGAGCCUGGACUACAUUUUGGACACUGUACCUGCAGUGCACACCCUCGAUUCGUACCUCUCGCUUUUGAAAGUGAACGGGAAGCUGAUGCUGGUCGGGGUCGCAACCCAACCGUUACAGUUCGAUGCGGUCAACGUGAUCUUAGGGAAGAGGACAAUCACGGGUAGUUUCAUCGGGAGCAUGGAGGAGACGCAGGAACUGUUGAAUUUUUGGGCAGAAGUGGGCCUCACUUCCAUGAUAGAGAUUGUGAAAAUGGAAUACGUGAACACUGCAAUGGAGAGAAUGGAGCGGAACGAUGUAAGGUAUAGGUUCGUCUUGGAUGUUGCCGGCAGUAAUCUCGAAUAAAUCCAACCGUUGGAUGAGCGGGACACGUUCGACGCAUGGAAUGGCAAACUUCUUCACACAAAUUUUUCAUAUGGCUAUGUAUUUUGUGUCUUAAAUAAAUAAAUAAGCAACUUUGCACGUACACAAUACGAAGUUGUAC